AUGGAACCUCACCAGCACAUAAGUCUCUCUUCCCUUCCAUUGCUUCCUGUACCCCUUACAGGUGAGACCCAGCAGCCAGGAGCCUGGAACUGGCAAUCAGAGCCUGAACAGUGGGCGAGGUCAGUUCGACAGCAGUUGAAUGCCCAGCUCCUCUUGGUCUCAGAGCAGAAGGCAGGUCCGUCUCCUGAAGACGCGGCAUCUGAAGACCAUGAAUCCCAGCACUCCGUCUGUGUUCCAGAAGCAGAAGAGCAGCCCCAGGACCAUCAGAGGCAGCAGAGGAAGUUCCUGAAGGCAGUGAGCCAGUCACAGCAGCCCACGGUGCUGGAGCUCCUGGUGGCGGAGCUCCAAACUCUGUUCUCAGCUGUGCUGCAGGACGGCAGCCCCGCAGCUUGGCACUACCUGCAUGCCGUGCUGCGUCUGCUGCCUCCAUAUCGUGCACUGCUUGUCGGUCGCCUUGAUCUGCUGCCCUUCCUGGAGCAGCUGUCCCACCGGGCCCCCUGGGUCCAAUCCCAGUUCCAGCUGGACCUGCUAGAUGCCAUUGAGCAGGCCUUCCCCCCAGAUACCUCUUUGUUAGAGGGUGCCUCCCAUAUUGAGUGCUGUCCCCAGAAGCAGAAGUUCCAUCGUGGGCCCCCACGCCCAGCCUGCCCUUUUGUGCAGGCCCGGUGGGGUGGGCAGCAAGUAGGGGAGGAGUUGGCUACAUGGCUGCGACCACUGACACUGCCUGAGCUACAGCACAGCCUGGGUAUUGUUGGUGCUCAGGUGGCCCUGAGAGAGGCCUGGUGGCUAGAUGGCCUUAGCCUCCUGCCCUUGGCACUGGCGACAGACAUCCCCAUACAGUAUGAAUGCAGGGGCACUGACAAUGCAGUGGAGGAACCUGUUGGAAGAGCAGAGACUAAGCCUCAGCUUGAUUCAGAAGUUCCUGGCAAGGAGACCUUCCAGAAGAGAAGCACUAGCUUCUCACCUCAGACUUCCCUCCUGGGUAGCCAGGUGAAGACCAUUCUGAAGACAGAGAGAUACCUGAAGAAGAUCCACUUCCUCUAUCUCAAUGUAGCUCCCAGCCGGUACUUUAGGCCCUAUAGCCUGAUGGUGGUGCCACCAAAGAAGGUGAACCCUGAGCACUACAUCUUCUCUCCCUUUGGGAUCCUGCAUGUGCAUCCUGUGGAGGGCAGUGAGACAAUGACGCUGGGCACCUGGCACCGCCACUCUGUCCUCUGGCAGCAGCUCCAGUCCAUUCCAUUCUUCAAAUAUUGCCUCUUAUACAAGGCCUUGACCCGUUGGAAGAGGAGCGUGACGUUACAGGGGCUCCACCGGUGCCGGACUUUCCUCGGGAAGCACCUGCUCUUGGCUGUGCCCCACUUUGGAGCUGGGCUUCUGCAUAUUAGCAGGCUUUUGCAGGAGCUGCGCUCUGUAUCCUGGCUCCCCCAAGAGUCGGAUCGAUGCUAUGAGCUGCUGGACUUGCAGCGGGCUCUAGCCAAGGAGAACCACAAGGCUCUGCGGCUGCUCAGUCGCUGCCUGCACCUCUGCACAUCCAUCCUGCAACUGGUUCACGAGGAUACGUAUCACAUGCAACAGGGCCUGCAGGAGCGAGUGAAAAACUGCAAGAGGAUCAGGACGGACCAACGCUCCGUAUACCUUCAGAGGGUAGAGUGCCAACAGCUGGAGCAGAAGCUGAAGCAGGCAGAGGCCUGGUUGCUGCGGCUGGGACAGCUGGCCCGCCUAGUAGACUACAUGAUUUGCCAGAGCCUUGUGUCUAUCGUAGAGGAGGAGAUAACCUCCUUUGUGGCCAACAUGCUGCAAGUGAGGUGGUGGGUGGCAUGUGGGGAGGUGGGCAGAGGCAGGCAGCAGACACUGACAUGUAGCCCCCUGACCUCUCCUGGCCCUUCCUUACAGGCCCCAAGGAAGAAACCCUUUCUCUCAGCCCAGCUGGUCUUUGACAAUCAUGGCCAGCUGUCUCAUGAGCCGUGUAUUGAAAAUAUGAUCCAGAUUUUAAAUGUGGGCCUGCAGUCUGUCAAGGCCUCUGUCCUGAAGGUAAUGCAAUCUCCAGACCUGAAGACCCCCUGCGACUCCUUGUAUUCUGAAGAAGAAGAUGAAGAGGAAGAUUCGAACACGGAAUUGGUGAUGCCCAAGCUCCAGGGCCAGCCCAGCGAUGCUGUGCACAUCUUCUGUGGCCCGAAUAUAGGGUUGGUGUGGCCCUGGAAAUCUCACACUAUUACCGAAGCCCUAGAGGUCCGUGGGUACCGGCUACGGGGCCAGUACUUGCCCCCCAAUUAUAAGCAGCUGCAAGAGGAUCUGGACAACAAUCCUCGGAUCCAGCAAGCACUGACUACGCAACAGGCCUUGCUGGAGGGCAUGCUGUGGGAGGUGAAGGAAUUCUGCAGGGAACAUCACUGGAUGACAGGCAUUCAUCAGUUCCUGCAAGCCUGGGGGCCUCAGAAGCUGGAGUCCAUGAGAGGUUGUCCUCUCAAGAACUACGUGAUGCUGGUGGGCUGCCUGAACAUUUGGCAGACCCAUGUCUCCAAUAUACCUGACAAGUUGGUCACAAAAGGCAGAUUGAUGCUGCUGAAAUGCCAUCACAUACAGUCAGAGAUGGAAUCCAAGCUGGAUAGCAUCAGGAAGGACAUUCUUACACAUGUGCAGAAUGAGUGCUGGACCCUCAGUCAGCAACUAAUAACAGAGCUCAUGGAUUUCACGGAGGUCUUCCAAACCAUCAACUCAGACAUUCAUACCAUUGCACGGUGCUCCCAGAAGUUGAACGAGGCCAAUGAGCAGUACAACAUGCUGGAGGAGCGAAUGGAAUACAUACGGUCACUCCACGAACUCAUCCGGAACCACUUUAGCCUCUUUAGUGCUGAGAACGAGGCACUGGACAUCUCGGUGAGAAGGCAAUUCCCGAAGUCACCCAUGCCUCCCAGCCCCCCUCCCCCCCACACGCUUCUGCUUGACCGCAUUCUGCUUGCCCCACAGCUCCUGGAUGUGUGGGAGGCAUUUCAAUUUGAGAAAAGCCAGGCCUCAGAGUUCCUGCUCAGCAAGCGGCAUGCCAUCGUGCCCAAGCUACAGCAGCUGAUAGCCGCGUCACUGGUGGAGCUGGAAGGCCUGAUUGACAAGGCCCUCUCCGGCCCCUUCAUGGACCCUGCACAAGAGCAGAGGAGCACUGAGCGCCAGCUCAUCUCCCUGGAGCGUCAGUUCCAGAACACAGCCAGCCACCUCAGUGAGCUGCACCAUGCCUAUGCCACCUUCACUGGGGACGAGAGUCCUGUGCCCUUGCCAGUCCGCGGGACCCGUCCGAUUGUCCUGCAGCAGCGCAUCUGGCAUCUGUACCGGGUCAUCUCUGAGAGCAUCAGCGAAUGGAAGUGCGUGGCUUUUGCCAAGUUCAGCAUGACUAUGGCCCAGGAGAAGACAGACGGCUGGCUGACGGAGGCAGCCCGGAUGAGUACAAGCCUGGGGCUGCACAGCCCAGUCCUGCAGUGCUGCGUGCGCAUCCUGGAGGAGUUUCGCAGCUACCUGCCAUUACUGACCAAGCUGGGCAGCCUCCAGCUGCAGAGCCUCCAAGCCCUUCUCAGAGCCUUAGGGCUAGACAGUCUCUACAACAUGGAACUCCUAACACUGGGCCAGCUGCUCACUUUUCCGCUGCUGGAUUUUGCAGAUCGAAUCAAUCAGAUCUGGCAGGGUGAAAAUGAACGAGUCCACGCCCAAGAAACCCUACGGCGGCUGCAGCGGGUCUGGGAGUCACGCCAGCUUCGCCUCAUCAACUUCAUCCUGCAUGUGCCCUACGAGCCCCCAGCCUUGGAGCGCUCCAAGAAGCAAGUGAUCCGUAGCCCCCAGUGGGAGGUGGUGGCCAAGGACAGCGGCACCUUCAUCCUUUCAGAUUACAGCAGCCUGCAGGAUUCUAUCCAGGAAAGUCUUCAGGUGUUGUUCAAGAUCCUGGCCAUCCAAAAGUCAGGAGACUUAAACAAAGUAGCUUUGGAGUGGGUAACCAUCAUGCAUAGCCUGAGUGCCCUGCUGGAGGUGUGGGUGACUUUCCAGCAGCAGUGGAUUUUUCUGAAUAAAGUUCUGCACGAGAUGAAGAUCGAGUUUCCUAGUCCUGACCUGAACUCCCGGUUCAAGGCCACGGAUGAUCAGUAUCGGACCCUGAUGCAGAUCUCUGUAGAUGACCCCCUGGUUCUGUCACUUAUAGUGCCCAGUGUCAAGCGGAGCCCUCAUUUCCAAGGGCAGCAGCUGCAGCAGCUGCUGCAAGCAGGCUCCGUGGAGCUGGAGGGCAUCAUUAUGGCUCUGAAGAACGUGCUCUAUAGUGUGUGUGCUCAUUUCCCCCGCCUCUUCUUCCUCAGUGAUAGUGAGCUGGUGGCCCUGCUGGCUGCCCCACUGGAGUCCUGUGAGGCUCAGCUGUGGGUAAGACGCUGCUUUCCUCAUGUGCACGCCGUGAGCUUCACGUCCAGCCCACCUGACGAACACAUGGGUGACCGGGAGGCAAGCCCCAACACAUCGACUCAGGUGGAGGCCCUGGCAGUGCUGGGGGCAGGUGGGGAGCAGGUGAAGCUGCAGAGGUCCAUUCCCCUGCAUCCAGAUCUCCCCAAGUGGCUGGCCUCCCUGGAGAAGUGCCUGCGUUCGGCACUGGUGCACAAGUUGCAGGGCUGUGUGGCCUCCCGCCUUGCUCUGGGCCCACCGAUGGAUGAGGCCUUCAAGCAGCUGCCCCAGGAAGACCAGCUGCCCCCACAGCUGUUCGCCCACCACUGGUUCCACCUGGUCCAGGCCUUCCCUUGGCAGUGUGUGCUGGUGGCUGAGGAAGUGCUGUGGCGGGCAGAGGUGGAGGAGGCUCUGCUCGGGGGGAGGGCCUCGGCCAUGGUCCCCAUGCAUGUGUGCAAGCUCGAGACCCUGGUGCACUUUAUACGGGCCCAGAGGGCCUCCCAGGGCGAGCAGCCCCUGGCUUCUGUCCGCCAGACCAGCCUGCUCAGUGCCCUGCUGGUCAUGGCAGUGACUCACCGGGAUAUAGCACAGCUCCUGCAGGAGCACCAGGUCAGCGAUCUGACAGAUUUCCACUGGGCUCGCCAACUCAAAUACCACCUGGGUUCACCUCACAUCGUUCCCCAAAGCCCCCUGCAGAGUCUCAAGACGAUUGCAUCGGCUGCGACUUCUCCGUCGCCAGCGGCGUGCUGGGUAGACGUGCUAGGCCGGUCCUUCCUGUACAAUUAUGAGUACCUGGGUCCCAGACUGGGGUCUCUGCCCAGCCUGUUGCCUGAGCGGCCAGCCCUGGUACUGCUGCUGGCCCUGGAGGAGGUGGCCUGUGGGACUCUGCUGGGCCCCGAGGGAGUAGGCAAGGCAGCCACGGCGAAGAGCCUGGCACGGGCCCUGGGGCGCCAGCUGGUGACGAUGCCUUGCCUGCCUCAGAUGGAGGCCCAGAGCCUAAGCAACUACCUGCAUGGGGCCUUGCAGGGCGGUGCCUGGUUGCUGUUGGAAGCCGCCCAGCGCCUGCCCCCUGGCUUGCUCUCCGCCCUGGGCCGGCGCCUGGCUGACCUGCACCACCUCUAUGCCCCGCUGUACCAGGAGGCCUCCCGCAGCAUCAGCACCAUGGACCCCACGCAACCCCAGCUCCUCGGCAGUGGCUUCUUUGAGAAACACCACGUAUACGUGCGCCUUGGCUAUGGCUCUCUCCUGACGCUGCGCUCCCUGAGCCCUGCCGUGCCUGCCAACCUGCGCUUGCUGCUGCGGCCUGUGGCCUUGACUCUGCCUGACCUGCAGCGAGUGGCAGAGCUGACCCUGCUGGGUGCAGGGAUGCGGGAUGCCUCCCGCAUGGCUUCCUGCCUAUCGAGAUUCUUCGCCCUGGAGCUCGAGCUGGUGUCUGCGCCCCUGCCUUGCCGCUUGGCCCUGCUCCAGCACGUACUGGAAGACAUGAUACAGGAUUUAAACACAACCAAGGAGGAGCCCAGGUCCCAGCAGGCCCACAGCCUGGCUGUGACCGAAGAGGCUGCCCUACUGCGUGCCCUGCUACGCUCACCGCUGUUCAGCAUCCUCACUGGUAUCCGCCUGCACAACCUCCAAGAGCUGCUCUAUGGGCUCUUCCCUAAUGCCAGGCAGCUGUUGGCACAGCCUGUGGCCCACGCGCCGAGGAAGCCACUGCUGGUGGAGGAACUGCAGCAGAUGGGCAUUCAUCCCAGCCCUGACAGUCUGGGGUCCCUGGAGCAGCUGAGCCAGGCUCUGGGCCGGGCUCUGGGUGUUUUGCUCCUGGGCCCUGCCGGCAGUGGCAAAACCACUUGUUGGCACAGCUUAUUUAAGAUCCAGAAUCGGCUGGCGGCCAGGGAGGACGCCUCAAGCCAGGGCUGCCAGCCGGUGGAGAUCACACACCUGUACCCCAAUGUCCUCAGCCCCCAGGAGUUCCUGGGAUGGCUAGAGGGCCCCUGCUGGCACCACGGCGUCUUCCCUAGGCUGCUGCGUGCAGCCAGUCCGGGUAAGACUGUGGGCCCAAAGGGGCCACCACAGGAAUCAGUGGGGACCCAGCACUGGAUAAUAUGUGAUGGGGUCGCCAGUGCGGCUUGGCUGGACUCCAUCACCUGCCUCCUGAAAGACGCCCCCCAGCUCAGCCUCCCCAACGGUCAGCAGAUAGCACGACCCCCAGGUACUUUUCUCCUGAUGGAGGUGGGAGAUGCAACAGGCGUGUCCCCCACAGUGGUGAGCCAGUGUGCCCUGGUCUGGUGUGGUGGGGAGCAGACGUGGCAGGGGAUGCUUAGCGUCCUGAUGGCAGCCCUGCCCCACGAGUACCGCCUGCAGCAACACACGGUCACCGAGCUCAACCACCUGGCCAAAGUGCUGGUGCCAGCGACGUUCCAGUUCCUCACCCGCCAGGGCGCCAGCUCUCUGCUGCAUGUACAUGGGCAGCAGGCCGUUUGCCCAGGUGUGGCUGAAGUCACCAGCCUGGCCCGUAUCUUACGCUGUCUGCUGGACCCCUACCUACGCAUAGAUGAGGGGCAGAAGGCACAUGUCUCAGAAGACCUCAGCUUUAGCGAGGUGGCCCAAAGCUUCAAGUCCUCAAAAAGCAGCUCUCUGAACUGGUCCCAGGUUGACAGUGAUGAUGUACCUAAUCAGCGCAAGGAACAUUUGCUGGCUAUCAGCAGCUUUCUUUUCGCGUUGAUCUGGGGCUUUGGAGGCCACCUUCCCUCCAGGCUCUGGCCCCUCUUUGAUUCCUUCUUGAGGGGUUCUAUCAGUUGCCUCUCCAACUAUCCUGAGCCACCGCCUUCAGCCUUGGUGUUUGAUCUACAUGUGUGCCCUGAUAAUGGGACCCUGGUCCCCUUCGCUGGCCAUUACCUGGGCAGCUGCAUCAGGGGAACUCUGGGCACCUUCCACCCUUCUCCGCAGACUGAACGGCUCUUGUAUGUGGUGGACCUGCUUCUGUCAGAGGGACACCCCGUGCUGCUGGCUGGAGAGGCGGCAACCGGGAAGUCCACCUUUGUGGAGGUGCUUGUGGGGCCCCAGCAUCCGUACGUGCGCAGCCCCAUCCACCCUGCCUUCACUCCCAUCCACCUUCGCCUGCUGCUGAGUCGAGGGGCCCAGGGCCAAGCACAAGCUGCCCCAUGGCCUGGGCAGCACCUGGAUUCUAAGGGCUCCCUCCUCUUCCUGCUGGAGGAUCUGCACCUGGCCGCUUCUGACCCAGAGAAGAGCUGCCAGCCAGUGUUGGAGACUCUGCGCCAGGCCAUAGAUGGCACGGUGUACGCCCACAGCACCUUGGAAUUGCAGACGCUGCAGCCUGUGGUCAACUUCCUGGCCACGGCCACAGUACCAGGCUUCUGUGAGCGCCCACUGUGCCCACGCCUCUUUCGACUCUUCACAGUGCUGGCCCUGGGGAGCGUGACCCAGGCCAUGCUGCUGAGCAGGCACACACCGAGCAUCCAGGCCUGGCUUGAGCGCUUUCCCUCUGUGGAACGGGAGGGGCUUCUAGCAAAAGCCUUGGUCCGGGCCUCGGUGGAGGCCUGGGAGGCCGUGGGCAACUGCUUUCUGCCUUCCCCCCUCCACCCACAUUACCGCUUCUCCCUGCACUCUGUGAGCCAACUACUGGGCAGCUUACAGCUGCUGCCCACCAGGAUGGGCUCCCGGGGCUUUCUGGACUGUCCCAGCCAUCAGGAGCACUUGCGCCGGGUGUCAGGCUUGCGUGGCACCCGCCUGACGAUUAUGGUGGCCAUGCGCAACAUGGUGCGUCUCUGGUUGCACGAGGCCCAGAGAACCUUUUGUGACCGGCUGGACAGCCCUAGGGAACGCUCUCACUGCGCCAAGCUGCUCCUAGAAGUAGCUCAGAGUGUGUUCUGCUGUGGGCCAGCACCCCAGAAUGGGGCCAAGGGCUCUGAGGAGGAGGAGGAGGAAGAGGAGGAGGAGGAGAGGGUGCCUGAAGUGGAAUCCGAAGGGGAGCUGGCCCAGUGGGAAGACUUAAGCAACAGCGACAGUGAGACAGAGGAGGAGGAGGACCCUUAUGGCCUGCAGGUCACCACCAGCUCACCCUCCUGUGAUUCGGGUCUAGCACCUUCCAUAGCACCAGUAAGGAGGGAGACCAUAGAAAGCCUAAGUCCGAAGAUAAGCCAGCAGGAGGGCACAAAGGCUUCUGGCUACAGACUCCAGUUAAACAGAAGCAAGAAUAGGUGGCAGAAAACCUCCCGGAGGGACACGGCCUCACCCCUUCUGCUACCAGUGCUGCUACUCCGCCCCCAGGAAAAGCCCUCAGACCUGGUGUUCAGUCAGGAGCUGAUCCUGGGGUCCAGCUCUGAGAGCCCCAGCUUGUACCUGGAACGGCAGUGGGAGAGCCUGGAGGAGCAGCUGUCCACUGCAGCUGCUCAGUUGAAGCUGAACGCCCACCUUGCCCGGUGCCACUCCAUGGCCAAGCACGUGGCCCGCCUGGUCCGGGUGCUGGCCAGGCCCCGGCAGCACGGCCUGUUGUUCUCAAGGGCUCUGGGUACUGGGCGCCGUACGGCCAUCACUCUGGCAGCUAGCAUCUGCCAGGCCCGCCUCUUCCAUCUGCCGUCUGGCGCAGAGGACGCCGUCCUCCAGUGCCUACGGGAGGCCAGUUGGCAUGCUGGCGUGUUAGGCCAGCCGGUGGCCCUGCUGGUGCCCAAGGGUGUGGAUCUUACCACCCUUCAUCGUCUGCUGGCCCUGGCAACCUUGGGCAGUUUCCCUGACCAGUAUACAGAGGCAGAUCUGGACAGCAUUGAAGAACAUCUCCCCAGGGAGAACCUUAGUGUCAAGCAGAACAGCAAGAAGGAAACGCUGUUGCAGAGGUUCUAUCAGCAAGUCUGCAACCACCUGCAUAUGUUCAUCCUGCUUGGAGAUGACCAGGCCCACAGACAGCUGCCCUCCACCCUUUUCCUGAGGCUUCUUCAACUGGCCAUUGCUAGCAUUGACCGCUAUGAACCCUGGGACCAAGACUCCCUGAUCAGUGUGGUCCGGUACUACCUGGAAAGCACUCAGAAUCUAUCCAUUGAUGAUGACUCCUUGAAGUGCCCAGACCUCCAGGCGUCAAUUCCCAGGGUGGCCAAAGCCAUGGCUCUCAUUCACCUUUCGGCUGUCAGCUACUAUGGACACCUAUGCCCUGAGUUACCACUCGUCACCCCCAAGACUUUCCUAGACUUUCUGGACGCCUUCAUGCUGCUGCAGCAACAGAUGACCCUGCAGAUUAAGAACAAGUUCCAGCGGAUCCAGAAUGCCUUAGAAAAUUUGAGAAUGCUGAUCGAGAAGCACAAUGCCUACACCAACUUUGUCUUCAACUUGGAACAGCUGCUGAAAGACUCCCGCAAGACCGUCAGCAUACAUCAGCAGCAGCUAGAGAAGGGCAAGCUGCUGUUCAGGCAGCAGCUAGGAGAGUGUCAGCAGCAGGAGAACCUCAUCGGGAACCUGACCAAGCAGCGGGAUGCCCUGCAGGCUCAGCAUGAGGCUUUCCUGGAGCAGAUGGGCAAGGCCUUCCUGGGACCUCUGAGCCAGCUGCAGGUGGCUGACUUUGAGGAGAUACGGAGCUAUCGAGCGCCACCAGAAUCGGUGGUCCAGGUGACCGAUGCACUGUGCGACCUGUUCCACUGUGAAAGAGGCUGGGCCAGUGCCAAGCAACUCUUAGGCACCGAGGAUUUUUAUCAGGAGCUGGUGUUCUUCCCCAAGGAGAAGAUGACGGACUCAGAGAUGAUAAAGUUAACCCAAGCUCUGAAGGCUCCAGGUAUGAGUGACGCAGCUCUGCGGGCAGUAAGCAUACCCGCAGCAAACCUGGCCGCCUGGCUCUGGGCUGUUCUGCGCUAUGGGCUGGCCCAGCGCCGAGGACUGCCCACGGGCCUCCUGCUGCGGCAGAUCGAGGCCACGCUGGCUCGGGAGCAGGCCCGCCUGGGCCACUGCCAGUUUCAGGCCCAGGAGACCCUAGAGCACAAUUUGGAUCUGGCCAAGACACUGGAAGAGGCUCGGGCUUCGAACAACCGUAUGAUAGAGAAACUCAGUCAGGCUCAGUGUGGCCAAUAUCACAAGUGGCCCAUCAAGGCUGCACUGCUCACACCCAUGCACUCCUGGACUACAGAGCUCCAGAAGUUGAAGGGGCACUGCCUGACUGUGUUCGGAGACGCCCUCCUGUGUUCAGCUGCCAUCAUCUACCUGGGUCCUUUCCCACCAGUGCGGCGCCAGGAGCUACUAGACAAGUGGCUGGCUCUGUGUAGGGGCUUUCAGGAGACCCUGGGCCCAGAUGAUGUGGCACAAGCCCUGAAGCAGAAGCAGAAAUCUGUCGUCGUGCCACCAAAGAAACCCCUGCUCUCCGUACGCUCUCCCUUCAGCCUUCUGUCCUUGCUGAGCUCCGAAUCCGAACAGUUCCAGUGGGACCGAGACCUGAAGCCCCAGGCGAAGUCAGCCCGCCUGGCAGGCCUGCUUCUACGAAGCAACACCCACUACUCCAGUUGCCGUUGGCCUCUGGUGCUUGACCCCGGCAACCAGGCCCUCAUCUGGCUGAACCCACUGCCUCUGCAAGAGACUAGAUGCUUGGCCCCAGGCCCCACAGAGUACAGAGGUAAAGGCUUUGUGAGAAAUCAAGAAGAAGAGGAGGAAGACGACAGUCGUGAAGAGUGUGAUAAGGCUAAGGACAAGACAAAAGAGCGGAAGACAGAGGACAGGGAAAAUGAGGAGGAGGAGGGAGAAAAGGAAGAGGAGCAAGAACACGAGGAGGAGGAUGAGACAGAGAGGCAGAGGUCAAGGCCAGCCUCUGACACUGGGUCUCUGCCCCUUCCCUACCUUCGUGUACUCUCAGGCACUGACCCAGAGUUGGGUCCUCAGCUCUGGGAGGCAGCUGCCAGUGGCCUGCCCGUGCUACUGACCAACAUGGAGCUGGGCCUAGGGUGCCAAGAACUGCAGUGGCUACUGCAGCGGGAGGAGCUGAGCCCUUCCCAGGUGCAGCCGGGCUUCUGUCUCUAUCUGAGCACUAGUCUCCCCCUCAGUGCCUUGGAAAAAGUGCUAGGUUAUGAACUGCUGAAGGGGCUGAAUGUGCUGGAUCUGAGCCUGAACAUGGAUAUCCUAGAAGACCAGAUGCUGCAUGAAAUCUUGGGCAUAGAGUGUCCCGAGCUCAAGAGCCGUUGGCGGGACCUAAAGACCAGAGCCCUGGACAGCUGUGCAGCUGUGGAGGCUGCUGAGGAGCGGCUGCUGCUGAUGCUACUCCAGAACCCAAAACAUCAGAAACCAGCUAAAUUCCUACGGGACAUGGUGAGGGCGCAGGCAGAGCUAUGUCAGCUGCGCGCUCACUGCGAGGAUCUAGAAGAGCUGAGACUGCAGGAGGUGGCAUUGUGGGCGCCCUAUAGGCGUGUGGUCUGGCACGCGAUGGCCAUAAUAAAGGCCCUUAGCCCGCUGCAGAACCUGCUGCCCCUUUUCCGCAUGAGCCCCGACAACUGGCUAGCGGCCACCAAGCGGGCUCUGAACAGCAUGAAGCAGUGUGAGAUUCACCAGGGGGAGGACCUGCCCAGCCAUCUGCUGCAUCUGAGAACACAGCUGACCCGCCAGCUACUGGGCAGCACCGUGGCUGCCCUGGGCCCGAUCCACGUACCACUGGUGGGAGCCUUGGGUGCUUUGGCGCUGCUGCGAGCGGCAAGGAAAGCACCAGAGCUGGAGAGGCUAGCCUUUGUGCCUGGCCUGGCAGCCUCCCCUAGCACGGGCUACAGCAAGCCAGGGGUGGCUCGGCCGGCCUGGCUGGGGCUGAGAGCCUGGCAUGAAUGUGGCCUGUUGGAGAUGUUGCCCCCAUUUCCGGGGCUGUGUGCAUCCCUGGCAGGCCAGUCCAGUGUUUGGCAGGCUUACCUGUCAUUGUCAUCCACAGUGCUGGGUCCUGCACCUGGGCCUGGGCCUGGACCCGAUCCACUCAGCCUCCUCCAGAAGCUGAUUCUGUGGCGUGUGCUGCGACCUGAGUGCCUGGCAGGAGCCCUGGCAGACUUUACCACCAGCCUCCUGGGCCGGCCCCUGGACGAAAACCUGGGUGCCUCCACCAUACCCUUCGAACACAGCCAGGCUACUCAGCCUGUGCUGAUCUUGUUGCCACCACCUGGUCACCCCACAGCCACCAUGCAUCCCCUGACUGUCAUCCAGAAACUGGCUGCCAGGCAUGAGCAGGGGCAGAAGCAUCUGGAGGUGAUCGCCCUAGGCUCUGAAGCCUGGGACCCAGUGUCAGCAGUGGUCAGCACGCUAUGCCAGGCUAUGCACAGAGGGCACUGGCUGGUGUUGGAGAACUGUCAUCUGAUGCCUCGCUGGCCAAAGGAGCUGCUACAGCCCUUGCUGGGGCUGUUGGAUGGAGCCAGGGUGGUCUCGGACCUGGAGUUAGAACCGCUUCUAGCCCAACCUGCAAGCAGGAGUGUGACGACCGUCCACAGAGAUUUCCGUCUUUGGCUUAUUUUGUCUGCAGAGGCUAUUGCUUCCUUACCAGCUGCGCUGACUCAGCACUCCAUGCCUGUUUUCUGGGAGCAGUCUCUGGAGCUGGGCCACGUCUUGAUGGACAGCUUGGAGCUAGCCCAGCAAGAACUCUCUGUGCAACCCCCAGCAAGGGUGCUGCCUCUGCUUCUCUUACAUGGCCUCCUGCUACACCGGCAGCAAUAUGGAAUGAAGCUGCAGGCACACAGGGGGCGCUGGAGUACAGUGACCCUGACGCAGGUCCUUCAGAUCCAAGAGCAGCUGUGGGCCGGCCUUAGCAAUCCCAGUGCUGCCAUGCAGGAGCUAGCGGCUUCCGUUUUCUAUGGGGGUCCUGUGGGAGACAAGAAGGACAGGGAGGCCCUGAUUAGCCUAACACAGGCCUGCCUGAGCCCCAACAGCCGGAGCUGGGCUCAACCACACACACCCCAGUAUCUGCUGUCUACUCUGUUGCCCAGCCCAGAGCUAGGGGAGCUGGAUGCUUUGGAAGAGUGCAAGGCCCAGAUGCACCUCUUGCCCACACCUCCUGAACCCCAGAGCUGCGGACUGAGCGCUGGCCCCCAGGCCUGGCUGUUACGACGCCAGAGCCGCACUCUCUUGAACGCGCUGCAGCGGAGUUUACCCACUUGGGUUUUUGCGUCUCGAGGAGGCUCCCGACACGCUGAAAGGCGGCUGCGGCAGCGCCUAGUGCAAGCCAAGUGGAGGCUGGAGUCGCUGCAGGCUCUGCUGGCGGAGACCGCCCGUCAGGAAGAGUCUGGCGCCGGGUGGCUGGUGCUGGGACUGAGCUCGCAGCGGCCUCUGCAGGCCUUCCUCCAGACAGAGGUGCUGGAGCUGAGCCAGCUGGCGGGUGCACUGCAUCGGGACCUGGAUUGCCUGUUGCAGCAGCUGCAGGGCGCGCCCCCGUGCGCCUCCCCGCGCUGUGCGGCCGUGGCCCAAGCUCUCUGGACUGGCCGCCUACCCCCGCCUUGGCGUCCCCAUGUGCCUGCUGGCCCCCAGCCACCCUGGCACUGGCUGCGACAGCUGUCACGCCGUGGGCAGCUGUUGGUUCGCUACCUGGGCGUGGACACCAAAGUACCAGAGCGCAUCUUUCACCUCUCAGCCUUUCGCCACCCACGCCGCCUGCUGCUGUCACUGCGUUGGGAGGCUACCUUUGCUACCACCACCCUGAACCAGCGUGCGCCUAGCUCGAAUUUCUCUGGUUGCCAAGGCUCCAGCUCCAGUGGGCUCCCCCAUGAACAUCAGGAGCUGAACAGCAACCCUUUGCACCUCCAGGUGGUGAAUGGUCCAAAUCCUACCGUUCCAGAGAUGGGGCUGCUGCUGAUUGGGCUCCAGCUCCAGAAUGCCGAGUGGGACCCGUUAGCAGGGGCCCUGCAGGACAGCACCUGCAGCCAGCCCAGCCCUCUGCCUCCGAUCAGCGUCAGUGCCCAGGCCCUGGGCCCCAGUGACUUGCCACCCCCACCUGGCCUGGCUGUGUAUUCCUGUCCUGUGUACCUGGAAGGGCCCCUAGGUAUCACUAGGCUGCACAGCAGGCACAUUCUGAUGCACCUGCCCCUGCCCACGAAGCUCAGCCCCGCCACCUGUGACCAACGGAGGGUCCAUGUGUGCAGCCCACCUUUGCUGUGA